AUGACUUAUUUGGCUGAGGAACUGCGUAAUUUAAAGGAACAGGUAGAGGGCAAAACCAAGUCUCCCAGUCAAAUGCUGCUCACCGCCUUGCCCUUCUCAGUCGAAAUCAUGGCAUAUAAGAUACCCGGCGACUUCAAAUUUCCGGAGCAAGCUACUUUCGACAGGUCGGGCGACCCGCGAGAACACCUCUUGAGCUAUCAGGUGAAAAUGCAGGUCUUAGGAGUCAAGGACCCUGUCAUGUGCCGCGCCUUCUUGCCAACUCUGAAAGGGCAAGCUCAAAGAUGGUUCGUCGCCCUGCCACCGGGAUCGAUCCGCAGCUUCGAGGGAUUGGCCGACCGUUUCAUGAGUCACUAUGUUGCUAACAUAAAGCCUCAGAAGGACCUUACGCAUCUUGGCGAUAUUCACCAAGAUGAGGGUGAAUUGCUCAAAACGUAUUUGGCUCGAUGUCAGAAGGAGAUCCAAUCUAUCGAAGAAGUCGAGGAUCAGACUGCACUCACAUUCGUCAUUGAGUCGAUUCGAUCCGGCCAGUUGUAUCAUAACCGGCCGGCCACAUACGCGGAGGCCAUACACAUGGCCAACAAGCGAGCCAAUAAUGAGCAAGCGAUGAAGUACAAGCGACAGCGUGAGGCCGGAGGGGCCUCAGGAGGAAAACGAACCAGUGCAGAUGCGAGAGAAAGGCAUCGGGAUCCACCAAGCUGA